UUUUAAAAUCGUCCUCAGUGAUAAACAGUUUAAACACAAUAUAAAUUUACAUUUUAAGCUGAACUAGAUCAUGUGAAACAAAUUUGAGAGUAAAGUUUCUUGUAUAGAAUAAGUAUGAGUCAUUGUUUAUGAGUAAUUAUUGUGCAAAACAAAAAUAAUUUUCUAAUUACACGACAGUCAAAUAAUUAUAAAAAUAUAAAUUAUCAAGAGCUUUAAAUAGAAAUAUGGGUGAUUUGAUUGAGUUUACAACAAGAUUGAAAUCGGAGAUACUCUUCUACAAAGUGAAUUUGGGUGCACUUCUGUUCUCAAUUAAAGGAGACAGCAAUGCGGUUAUUGGCCUGGCAGAGAAACCUCACCUCCCAUGUAUUUAUUGGCUUUACAUUGGAGCUAAUGGCUACAGCUACAUAAAGAAGUACCAGAAGAGUUACAAGCGUGUUGAUACUCGUGACAUUAUUGUGAGGGACGAGUACAAACACUUUUGGUUGGCAUGGAAUGACUGUAAAAUAAGAUUCGGUAAAAGAGGUGAUACAAAACCCAUUCUCAGCAAGACUAUCAAAGAAAACAAUUUAGCCUAUGUGACCUUUACAUCAUUUUUGCCAACUGACUUGUACUGGAGAUGCAUAAUGCCACCAUACAUUGAGAAACCCAUUACCGCAAAACUUACCGGUGGCGAGCCACAGUGGAUACCAGCUACAGACCAGUUGCCAGAUAACGCCCUCAUUGGGGGCUAUGAAAAUGAAACGCUAUACAUAAUACGUGCUCCACACAGAGGUUCUCUGGCAAGUGGUAAAUUUGUGCCAUCUGAAGGCGUCGGAUACAUUGCCUGGGGUGGGGCCGCACAUGAGAAAAACGAAUUUGAGGUCCUGAGUGGCUUCAACUGUAUAUGGCAGAAAACGCGCGAAAACAUUAUACCUGUUGGAGCGGUGGAAGCUGGCUACUCGGAGGAUUUUGAGAGAGGCAAGCUGUAUGUUGGCCGAGCUGAAUAUGAAGGACAUCUUAUACCAGGCAAAGUGCAGCCAAAAUACAAAUUGUGCUACAUACCGUACAAUGGUCGGGAAAUCGAACGAAACGAGUAUGAGAUAUUAGUGGUGCCAUACACCAACGAACGGAGUACCAGCGACAACUAUAUGGUGGAAGUGGACAUGAGGGAGUUUCAUGAAAAUGAGUUUGAUGAGAGUGAUUCUGAUAAUGAAUCUAUUAUGUGACUAUGGGCGUACCCAGGAUUUUAGGGGGGGCAGUACACCUGUUUCGAGAAGAUGGUCAAUCUGAUAUAUUGAAACAAAAGAUCAUGAAAAUUGACU